UCUGUGUGGUCCUUAACCAUAUGUCUGACGCCAUAUAACCGUAAAUAAAAUGUGUUGAGUGCGUCGUUAAAUAAAACAUUUCUUUCUUUUGUUGCUAUUUUACCAAUAUUUGACCUAUGCUAUGGAUAGCGAAGUGAAGUUUUCUACUGGGAUGUAUGCGGUCAUUGGAACUGAUUGAAUGCUGGGACGCUUCUCGUUUCGACAGUUUGCACCACCAGGUUGGAUUCUUUUUUAGCGAGAUUCCUUGCCUCCACGUCAUUUCUUCGUUUAACUAUGUUGACUUAUUUUUUCCGUGACUCGUAUGACGGCCAUUCUGCAGAACGCCACGAUUGUUCGCGUUUAGUCUCUACAUGUCCGAGCCUGUGCUAGCAGCACUGGAAGAGUGACCGCCCCACUCUAAGAAGAAAUAGGAAGCGGGGUGAAAUCGAAGAAGUUAGACAUUCCUAACAACCUUUACUAGAUAACCAAACUCACUCUCAGAUAGCCGGCGAUAGACACGUGGCGUAAUAAUCUAUAUCAUUCAAGUGUUUAACCUACCAAGUGCACGAUGGCUCAAAAAGGUGUUAUUCCAAUUCUGGAAAUCCAAGAUGGGUUCAUCACAUGUGAUAUUUGCAUGGAAUAUUUCAAUGAUGAUGAUAAAUCUCCUCGUGUCCUUCCUUGUCGGCAUACAUUUUGCUGUCGAUGUCUGCAGUCGAUUUGGGAAAAUUCACCUGCUGGAGUAAGAUGUCCAAAUUGUCGACAUAUUUGGCCUGUUCAAAAUAACAUACUAGGAACAUUUCCACAAAACAUGGUUUUGAGAAAUUUAGUUGAAUAUCUUACAAUGAAAAACAAUCUGGAAGACAUUAUGUGCCACAUGUGCUCGGACAGUACCAUGGCAACAGUACGUUGCCUGGACUGUCUGGAAAAUAUGUGCGAUAGGUGCACAACAUGCCAUAAGAAAGUUGCAGUGUCGAAGCUUCACAAGACUGUUCUAAUUGCAGAAUAUAUGAACAUGCCUCAACAAGAAUUUUUCCAAGAGACAGAUUUAUGUAACGCUCAUCAGAACUUGAAGUUGGACCUUUUCUGUAGGGCAUGUUCAGUCGUUGUAUGUUCAUCGUGCGCUCUUAUCUCCCAUAGAGAUCAUGAUAUACUAGACCUCAAAGAUGUCUACCGAGCAAAGAAAGAUCAAGUCAGUGCAGUUUUAGGCGAUUUAGAAAGGUUGAAGGACACAUCAGAAGGUUACAAAUGCAAGCUUGUUGAACAGAAUGAAGCACUAAGUGUUACGGAAAAACGAUGUUUGCAAGAUAUCGAUGAUUCAUAUGAAAAAUGCAUCACAAUGCUGUCUGAGAGAAGACAACAAUUAAAAGAACAAGUUAUUUCUAACGUGGCCAAACAACAGGCUGUCAGAAAUGAGAAAUUGGAGACGCUGACUCUGUCGAAUGACAGAAAACAACAACAUUCUCUUUACUGUCAACAAGCGAUGUCCUACGCUCGAGCUGUUCAGUUCAUAGAAAUGUCUGAGGAUCUGGAGAAGGAAACCAGGAGGCUACUAGAAAUACCCCAACUGUUGGAUAUGACGAUGGAGGAGGUGGACGUAGAUCUAGAAACCUUUGAUCAGGUUUGUAAAAUAGUGGAGAAACCUGCAAUGGUGGUUGAUAUGUCACAGAUAAAACCGUGUUUAGAGGUAAUGGAUGCCAAGACAAUCGAAAAUUCCAAUGUGAUAAACGUUACAUUGCUAUCAAAGGUAACUGAACUGGGGGAUCAACAGAACGUGUUACAAGCUACUAUUCAACCACCCAUCGAAAGGAAGCAUGAAGUACAAUUAAAUGCUAACACUAUUCCAUUGGGUGUGGGACGUUUUACGUACACACCAACGUGUACUGGACCUCACAGGUGUUUCAUCAGUCUCAGUGGACACCAGCUGAUUAAUGAUGGAAUUGUAUUUCACAGCAGAGACAAGGAUGAGGAUGUGAUGAAAAAAAUCCUCUUCAGUGCUGAUAAUCAGUCAGGGCAAUACAGAGAACUUAUUUUACCAACUGUAGAGUUUGACCGGGAGAAGACGAACAGGAAGACAUGUAGUAUUAACGAAUCUGGAAUUCUGGUAAACAACAUUUCAGCAACAUCAACUUCUGACCAGACUUCCGGCCUGCAACGUUUCUCUGGAGUAACUGCCAGAACGUGUAUUCCACGACGAGGAAUAUAUUACUGGGAGACGGAAGUGGACUGUAAGGUACUAGGAUCGGCAGAAUUAGACUACGUGGUAGCAGUAGUCGCUGUUUGUAUGGACGAACACUGUGACGAUGCAGAAGAGAUUUUUAUCAACAAACAUGCUUGGGGUGUCUUUGUGGCCAGCUGUAGAUCUCACAACUGUCUCUGUUUAUGUGUUGCGUCACGUGGAAAGGUGCUGUAUCACAGUCCUGUGACAGGUUUUAAACACGACACACGACUCACUGUCACACUCGGGCUGUUAGUAGACUCAGACAACGCUACUCUCCACAUUAUCCGUGUUGACGACAACACAGUUUUACACUCAAUCCCAAACAUCGACGUGUCACGGCCGCUGAUGCCCAUGUUUCGCGUUGGCAGGCCUCGAUAUUUCGAUGUUAACGUGAAAAUAGCAUCUGGCUCAGAUCUCUCACUAAACCGUGAACUGUUGGUCCUACUCUCGAGUUUAAUUAAAUAAGUCAAAAUGGGAGUAAGUCAUCCAAAUAGUUAAAGUUAAAGUUUGUUUUGUUUAACGACGCCACUAGAGCACAUUGAUUAAUUAAUCAUCGGCUAUUGGAUGUCAAACAUACGUAGUCAGUCGUAGGAACAUCAUGUGUUGACGUUUAAUCGAGGUCGCUCUUUUAUCUAGCGAACUGGUCUCAGUAGUCUAGUGGUUAGGGCAUCGAGUUUAAGGCUGGUAGAUACCUGAAUCAUAUAGCAAAAUAUUUAAUUUGAAAGAAAGAAGAAUUAACUUUGGCGUCGGAGGCUGGGGACCAGAAUGGUAGUGAUGUCCAAACUCUAAAGUCUAUGCAAUGGAUGUAGUAACGCGCCUGUAAGUCUAAAACAGGUGUUUAAGCAUAGUAAAUGGAUGUAGUUACGCGCCUGUAAGUCUAAAACAGGUGUUUACGCUAUGUAAAUGUAUGUAGUUACGCGCCUGUAAGUCUGAAACAGGUGUUUAAGCUAUGUAAAUGUAUGUAGUUACGCGCCUGUAAGUCUGAAACAGGUGUUUAAGCAUAGUAAAUGGAUGUAGUUACACGCAUGUAAGUCUGACACAGGUGUUUAAGCUAUGUAAAUGGAUGUAGUUACGUGCCUGUAAGUCUAAAACAGGUGUUUAAGCUAUGUAAAUGGAAGUAGUUACGCGCCUGUAAGACAUAAACAGGUGUUUAAGCUAUGUAAAUGGAUGUAGUUACGCGCCUGUAAGACAUAAACAGGUGUUUAAGCUAUGUAAAUGGAUGUAGUUACGCGCCUGUAAGACAUAAACAGGUGUUUAAGCUAUGUAAAUGGAUGUAGUUACGCGCCUGUAAGACAUAAACAGGUGUUUAAGCUAUGUAAAUGGAUGUAGUUACUCGCCUGUAAGACAUAAACAGGUGUUUAAGCUAUGUAAAUGGAUGUAGUUACGCGCCUGUAAGUCUAAAACAGGUGUUUAAGCAUAGUAAAUGGAUGUAGUUACGCACCUGUAAGUCUAAAACAGGUGUUUAAGCAUAGUAAAUGGAUGUAGUUACGCGCCUGUAAGUCUAAAACAGG